GGCUGUGACACCCCCCUCUGUUGCCACAAAAACAAAAUCAAACCCAAUUCUCUCUCUAGCUGGACAGAGAAAGGUUGACAAGCAAGCAAGAUGAGACUUCCUACUCUUUUGUUGAGCAUCUGCCUUGGCACUGUGGUUUCCUUCCAGGCUCCACUUGUCACGCCAAGAACUUCGUCAUCUACUGCUGCUACCCAGUUGUGGUUGUCAUCAUCCAACAAUGAUGCCGAUUUGGAACGCGUCAAGGCGAUUAUGGACGCCGAAGGCAUGAAUGCCGAAAGCUUGAAAGCAUCCGCGGCAGCCAUGAAGAAUGUCAAACCUUCCGACAUUGAUCAAAUGAUGAAGGAAAUGGAGUCCAUGCCAGCCGCGCAAUUGGAACAACUCAAGAACAUGGGAAUGGAUCCCACCGUCAUGAAGUCGUCCUUGGAAAUGAUGAAGAAAAAUCCAGAAAUGAUGAAAAGCAUGGGAGAAAUGAUGGAACAAAUGACUCCGGAAGAACUGGUGGAACAAUCCAAAAAGGCUCAAGAACAAAUGAAAGCCAUGAGCAUCACGUCGGAUGAAAUCGGGGCGGUCGCAGCUGUGGAUGCGGAACUUGAAAAAGAAGACGAAGAUGAGGACGAGGAGGAAGAUGAUGACGAGGAUGAAGAACCCAUUGAACCGGAUGAAAAAGUGCUCGAUACCAUGUUUCAAGCGGCCGAGCUCAUGUCGGAACCACCCACGGGCGGAGUCACAUUUGCCGGAUUUUCCACAGUGCCACCCGUGGCCGUAUUGGCGGCGGGAACAGGAGAAGACGACUUGACACGCAAAGAAUUGACCGAAUGUUGGAACAAGGGAUCACUGGGGGCCACGCGAGUCGACAAGUCCGGAUUCAAACGAGUAUGGAUGGAAGUACAAGACAAUUACUACAGCGAUAUCAUGGAAGAAGCACGAGAACGAACCCUCGUUCGACCCAAAAAAGGCAAACGAGGAGCCUCGACCAAACCCAAAACCACCACGGCACCAACAACCACCACAACCAGCGUGAGCAAUCCCAUGGUGGGCAAUAAUGUUUCGCCAGAACAACUUUCGCAACAACUCAAGAAUAUGAAAGAAACCGAUGUGCAGGACAUGUUGUCUCGCAUGAGCAGCAUGUCACCGGAGGAAGAAGCACGCAUGAAAGCCAUGGGAGUCGAUCCCGCAAUGAUGAAGAAAUCUGCCGAAAUGAUGAAUAGUAAUCCUCUGCUUCGAAAGGCAUACACGUCCAUGAUGAAAAAUACCUCACCGGAACAACUCAUGAAGUCCAGCCAAAUUGCACAAGAAAAAUUGGCCAACAUGUCCGAAGAAGAAAAGAAGAAAAUGAUGGAAGGAUUCUAG